UUUGCCAUGUUCGUGUAUAAAUAGAGUGGACACCAACUCAUAUUCCUCAUAAUACAAGCAGUUCGCGGGUUUUGCUAGCUCGCAAUUGCAUUAAUGGACACCACUAAGCUCCUGCUGACCGACCUCGCACCAACUGUGAGCCAUGUUCCCUCAAAUUACAUUCGACCCAUUUCCGACCGGCCAAAUCUCUCCGAGGUUCAGAUAUCUGAUCAGGGCUUCAUUCCUCUCAUCGAUCUCCGAGGCUUGGAGGGCCCCAAUCGUAAGGAUAUUAUCAAACAGAUUGGCCAGGCAUGUCAACAUGAUGGUUUCUUUCAGGUUAAAAAUCAUGGAAUACCAGUGACAACUAUUAGUAAAAUCCUGGGCAUAGCAAGAGAGUUUUUCCGAUUGCCAGAGAGCGAGAGGUUGAAGAAUUACUCCGACGACCCUUCCAAAACCACCAGGCUUUCCACUAGUUUCAACGUUAAGACAGAAAAAGUUUCCAACUGGAGAGAUUUCUUAAGACUCCAUUGCUAUCCUCUCGAGGACUAUGUGCACGAAUGGCCUUCAUAUCCUCCAUCCUUUAGGGAGGACGUGGCUGAGUACUGCACCAGUAUCAGAGGGUUAGUGCUAAGACUUCUCGAGGCCAUAUCCGAGAGCUUAGGCCUGCAAAGAGACUACAUUGAGAAGGCAUUGGGGAAGCAAGCCCAACACAUGGCAUUGAAUUACUAUCCACCCUGUCCGCAGCCAGAGCUUACUUAUGGUUUGCCUGGCCAUACUGAUCCUAAUUUAAUAACAAUUCUUCUUCAGGAUGAUGUUCCUGGAUUGCAGGUUUUAAGAAAUGGCAAAUGGAUUGCUGUCAAUCCUAUUCCAAAUACCUUCAUUAUCAACAUUGGAGACCAAAUGCAGGUGAUUAGCAAUGAUCAACACAAGAGCGUGCUGCAUCGAGCCGUUGUGAACUGCAACAAGGAGAGAAUAUCCAUUCCAACAUUCUACUGUCCAUCUCCAGCUGCUGUGAUUGGACCUGCUAAGGAGCUGAUCAACGAUGAUCAGCCAGCAGUGUAUAAAAACUUUACCUAUGGGGAGUACUAUGAGAAGUUUUGGAACAGAGGCCUUGCAACUGAAUGCUGUUUGGACAUGUUCAGAGUGUCUAGCUAGUGCUUGAGCUAUUAUAAUGCCUCUGAGAUGCUGCUAAGCAACGUGUUAUGAAGCCCACGAAGAUGGGCCAAGAAGGAAGGAGUGGGCUGAAAUUGGAAGAGAACAUGGGCCAACGAAUCUGAAGAAAUGAAGAAAUAAAACACAGUGUUUUGCGUAGUAGUCGAUUGUUAUGCAUUUUAUCAUUCACUAGUUUACCAUUUUAUUUACAGUUGUAGAUGGACACGUGUAAGGCAUCUGUUAGUAAAGUUAGUUACUGGCAGAGAAUAUAGGGGAGGUAAAAAACGGGUGUGAGUUUUAACGAAUAUUUUGAACAAUUUUCCUGAGGGAAUUUAUCUGGAGGAAUGUGUGCCUCGAACAGAACUGUGAUUCUACUUUUAUCAACUUUCCAUUUCUAUCA